GCUCAAUAUCGCAAAAUCAUACAACCUCCUGUCACUUCAAUAACCCGACAACAUGUCCCCCAAAUCGGUUUUAAUUACCGGAUGUAGCGAUGAUGGAAUCGGCUCUGGCCUGGCACUGACUUUCCAAAAGCAAGGCUAUCAGGUCUUCGCGACUGCCCGAAAUCUCGACAAGAUGGCCAAGCUGAGUGGCCGAUCGAAUGUCACCUUGUUGCCGCUAGAUGUGACCGAGCCACGCCAGAUUGAAUCGGCCGUAGCUGCGGUUGAGGCUCAGACAGGCGGAACCCUAGACGUUCUAGUCAAUAACGCCGGUCGCAAUCACUUCAUGCCUUACCUGGACGAAGACGUGGAGCAAGUCAAGGCCCUCUAUGAUAUCAAUGUUUGGGGGCCACUGCGAGUGACCAAGGCCUUUGCCCCAUUAUUGAUCAAAACGCAAGGCUCCAUCGCUUUCAUCACGUCGAUCUCUGGCUAUGUGAACGUUCCAUUCAUGGGAGCAUAUGCCGGUUCGAAACGAGCACUGGAGCUUAUGGCUGAUACACUUCGGCUGGAGUUGAUCCCGUUUGAUGUCAAGGUUCUGUGCAUCCCGACUGGUGCGGUUCGCACCCAAGGGCAGACCUAUUUUGGAGAUUUCAAGUUGCCCGAGGAUUCUCUGUACAAACCAAUUGAAGAGACAAUUGCUGCACGGGCACAGGGCCAGGACGGCGUCGAGCGAAUGCCCUUGAUGGACUACAGCAGCCAGGUCGCUGCCCAGAUCGAAAAUGGUGCGACUGGCCGCUUUUGGUGUGGCGCCAACGCCGACAGGACAAAGGCUACCAUUAGCGGUGAUUCCAAUGAUAUGAUGGACGACAUCUUUGUCAAAAUCACUCGGCUGGAUACGUUGUAAAUACACUUGCUUCAUUGGGGCUUGCUUCCCAUAGGUGAACUUCCGUGGGGGUUGGGUUGGUGUCAAUACGUAGCAAUCAAUUAACUAUGUAACCAUGGCUUACUGGUCAUACCCGAUAUCCUGCUCUGCUUCUAUCCACUUUGUACUUCUCUACCUAAUAGUACACAGAAGCAUACACCACCUGCAUCAUAAGAAAUUCAACCGAAUAUUGAUCCAGUAUAUCAGGUACAAGUUCAAGCCAGUCGGGUUUGAAUCUACACGCGAUUGUAGCGUUGCAGAAAUCCC